GGAACAGAUACAGGUUUAUUACAGGUUCAUGCAAGGAGAUGGGUAGCUUAUCCCUUAAGAACCCCAAAAUUACUGAAAGCUUCCAGCAAAGCCCUUUUCUAGGAAAGGUGAGAGACGAGCGUGGUUAGUUGUUGCAGACUUCUUGGUGUCAGAUCCUUUGUUCUUGAGGUCAGGUCAUGAUCAGGUCACGAUGUUCCUAUAAAUCUCUACCAAACAAAUGUUAUUCUUUGUUCUGACAAGAAAGGGCAAGGUCCCAAGGAAUAGCUAUCAUCCUUCAGGGUCUUGGUCCUGGCUAAGAGGAGGCAGAUCUUAGUUGGCAGCUGCCUCAGAGCCAGGUUCCCACACCCUGCCCAGCCGUCAUUGCUGAGGGAGCCAGACAUCCAACCCAGCUGGCCCUCAGGCUCCUCAGGCCAUCCAAACACGGGGUGGCGGGCGUGGCAGGUGGGACCAGGUUCCUCAGACUGCGACCGGCAGAAGGCCACUGCUAUCCGGUAGCAGAGACAGGGGUGGGGGAGAGGUUCACCACAGCCUCCAGACCAUGAGUGGCCCUGGGGAGGGCUCUGGAGUCCUGCUGGACACAGCCCCCAGUCUGUCCACUGGCCCAGGGCUGGCCGAACUGGAGGGCCUCCCGGAGAAGGCCUGAACUCGCCUCUCACCUCACUCUACCUGACGACCACCACCCCGCUGACUGUCGGCUCAAUCACUUCCCUAAUGGUCACCCACUGAAGGUUGGUUGCUUGUGGGCAGGGCCCCACUGAGGCACGGACCAGUGGGUGAGCAGCACCUGUUGCCUGGUAACAGGGUGCAGAGUCGUGAUGCACAGCAAUGGCCACCUGCUAAGGGCUGGGCUUUCUUACAAAGGGAAAGAGCAUCCGGGCAGCCUCAGGCAAGCCCCUUCCCUCUCUGAGCCUCCGUUUCAUCAGCUGUGAAAUGGGAAUACCACCUUGCAGGAUUGCUGAGUAUUUCAUGAGACAGCACAUGUGGGACAGAUUUGUCAACUGCAGUGCCUCGUCCCAGUGUGGAGGGUGUAGUGGUGGGAAGAGCCGCAAGUCCAUGCGGCAAUUUAUAAACUAAUAAAAGACAAGAGUAUAACUACAACUACCCUAUUUAUCUGUUCAGCUCUUUGUUUUGAGAUAAUUUCACAGUUACAGAAAAGUAGCAAACAUAGUGUAGAGAAUUCCCAUAUUCCCUUCCCCCAGCAUCCCCCCAUGUUAACAUCCUGUAUAAUUACGUAGUACAGUUAUCAAAACUAAGAAAUCAACAUGGGUACAAUACAACUAACUAAACUACAGACUUCAUUUGGAUUUUUAACAGUUUUCCCACUGAUGUCCUUUUUCUAUUCCAAGAUCCAGUCAAGGAUCCCACAUUGCAUAUAGUUGUCAUUCCUUAGAAAAUAUAUUUAGAAAAAUAUGUAUAAUCCGUCACAUUUAAUCAUUUAGUCAUUAAAAUAAUUCUGGAAGAAAUGUCUUAGUAUUUGUAUUUUCUAGAUGAUGAAACUGAAUCUCAGAAAGGACACAUUAGUUUAAGUAGCAGAACCAGAAGGCAAACCCAGAUCUCCCAUACUCACUUAAGGACACCAUGGUUAUCUGUUUGGACAGUCAGGCAUAUACAGCAAAUGAGAAAAUGAAGCAAGCAGACGCCAUUAGUGCAUUCCACAUUCAAGUUUGUGAAAUUUUAAACGAGCCUAGCAGCAUGGCAAAUCACACUCCAGCAAAUUACCUGCUUCCUCCCACCAGCCACCUGCUGCUUGUGCACCUCUGUGGGCUAGAGGCCACACACAGGAAUUCCAAGGCUAAUGGAGCAAGUUCCGUUCUGCAGGACCCAGAUCAAACUCCACAAAUUAGAGGAAAAAGAAAGAAAGCCUCCACAGAAUGACAAUUCGCCCAAGCUAUACAUAGCUCAGUGUAACCCUUGCGGGGCUGACCCUCCCCCAAGCAAGAGCGAAUUCCGCCUUCCAACUGAAGCAUCACCUCUUCCUGCCUGAUGACCUUCAAACUGACAUGCCGCCAUUUCCUGGUUCUUCAGCAGCUUUUGGCCUUCAAAUUCAGACUUGAGGAACAUCAGUUCUCCAGAUUUUGGACUUGUCAACCUCCUCCAUGGUCCUUCUUGCAAGGGGAAACUUUGACUCUGAAUUGGAAAUAUCCCAGUGACCAGAAUGAAGAGGAAAUCCCAGGACUGCAAGUCCAGAUUGCCAGACAACUCUGCAAUGAAGCAGCAGCAGCUGCCUGCCUUCCGGCUCCAGCUCUCAGCCAAUGAGAUCCUCUCUGGCUUUUUUGCCACAGGGGUCUUCUGCCUUGGCAUGGGCAUCAUCCUUCUGCUGUCUGCAAAGAGCAUCAGAGAAAUAGAGAUUAAUUAUACAGAAAAAUGUGCAAGUUGUGCAAGACUGCGAGAAGAUGCCACUAAUUUUGACAAAGAAUGCAACUGCUCUAUUUCCUUUUACCUUCCACAGAAAAUGGAGGGUAAUGUUUAUCUGUACUAUAAAUUGUAUGGCUUCUAUCAGAACCUCUAUCGGUAUAUUCUGUCCAGAAGUAAUAUCCAGCUGGUGGGUACAGAUGUAAAGGAUGUUAGAAACUGUGCUCCGUUCAAAACCUCUGACGAAGGGCUCCCCAUCGCUCCGUGCGGUGCAAUUGCCAACAGCCUGUUCAAUGAUACCUUUGUUCUUUUGUACAACUUUAAUUCAUCUACACAGAUCAAAGUCCCACUGGUAAGGACUGCAACUGCAUGGUGGACAGACAAGUACGUCAAGUUUCAGAAUCCAACUUACCAAAAUCUUUCUCAUGCAUUUGAAGGAACUGCAAAGCCUCCAAACUGGCCUAAGCCUGUCUAUGAACUAGAUGAAGAGGACCCAAGGAACAAUGGCUUCAUCAAUGAUGACUUCAUCGUGUGGAUGCGGACAGCCGCCUUUCCCACUUUCAAGAAACUGCACCGCCGACUCCAUCGAAUAGACAAUUUUACCGAAGGCUUGCCUGCUGGUAGCUAUAGUUUCAUCAUAAACUACAACUUUCCCGUAAGCAGGUUCCAAGGACAAAAAGCACUUGUUCUCUCCACCCUGACGUGGAGUGGAGGCAGCAGCCUUUUCUUAGGCCUCGCCUAUCUGGUGACGGGAGCUGUGACUUUGUUGGCCUUCUUUUCCAUGAUGGCAGUUCACCUGAAGCUGAAAGAAAGGAAAACGUUCUUCCUCCAGUAGUAAAGUCAAGCAUUAAAAAGAAAAACAGAAAAUACAGAAAUGGACAGUGAAGUAAUGGAGCCAAAGAUCUCAAAAUGGGGUCUUCUACCAAGGGGAGCUGGACUGACCGAUCAAGUACUCUUCCAGAGACAUACGUAAUAACAGUUUCAAAGUAAAGAAAAAGAAGAGGAGGAGGCAUAGUUAGGUAUAGUAAAAUGUCCUUGGGAUGGGGAGGAUAAAUCAUCCUUGAGUUCUAAA